GCGGCAGAGGCGGGUUUUCGGCGGGGCCAACCCACGGUGCGGGGAGCGCGGCCAUGGAGCUUUUGCUGUCGGUGCUGCGUGUACUGCUGGGCGGCUUCUUCGCGCUCGUGGGGUUGGCCAAGCUCUCGGAGGAGAUCUCGGCUCCAGUUUCGGAGCGGAUGAACGCCCUGUUCGUGCAGUUUGCUGAGGUGUUCCCGCUGAAGGUAUUUGGCUACCAGCCAGAUCCCCUGAACUACCAAAUAGCUGUGGGCUUUCUGGAACUGCUGGCUGGGCUGCUGCUGGCCGCGGGCCCACCGAUGCUGCAAGAGAUCAGUAACUUGUUCUUGAUUCUGCUCAUGAUGGGGGCUAUCUUCACCUUGGCAGCUCUAAAAGAGUCACUAAGCACCUGUAUCCCGGCCAUCGUCUGCCUGGGGUUCCUGCUGCUGCUGAAUGUCGGCCAGCUCUUAGCCCAGACUAAGAAGGUGGUCAGACCCACUAGGAAGAAGACUUUAAGUACAUUCAAGGAAUCCUGGAAGUAGAGCAUCUCUGCCUGUUUAUGCCGUGCAGCUGUCACAGCAGAAAUAUGGUAGAACACAGAGUCUGUCAUCUUGUUACCAGUAUAAUAUCCAGGGUCAGCCAGUGUUGAAAGAGACAUUUUGCCUACCUGGCCCUACUUUCUCUUUUUAGCUUUACUACUCUUUUGUGAGGAGUACAUGUUAUGCAUAUUAACAUUCCUCAUGUCAUACGAAAAUACAAAAUAAGCAGAAAAGAAAUUUAAAUCAACCAAAAUUCUGAUGCCCCAAAUAACCACUUUUAAUGCCUUGGUGUUAGUAUACCUCUGAACUUUUUUCUGUGCCUUUAAGCAGAUACAUAUUUUUUUAAAUGAAAAUAAAACCAUAUAUCCUAUUUUAUUCCCUCCUUUUAAAACCUUAUAAACUAUAACACUGUU